CUUGAUCUCAUCUGUAUCCUUGGAUACAGGUUGUCUUUCUACUGAAUUUCAUGCUGAAUCACUUCGAAGUUCAAUCAAUCAGAUAUCAUCCCUCACUUUGUGUAAGCGCUGGAUUGUGGUAUAUUAAGCACGAAUGCGAUCGUUAUAUGUCCACCAAGUUUCCCCGCUCGCUCACUCCCAUCCUCUAAUAGUAUGACUGUAGUCUCGAAUGAUCCCAUUUGGUGGCCACUCAUCAAUGCGAGUAUUAUUUCCAGUUAUUUUAUAGUUGCUGCCUUUGUCGGGGUAAUGUACGAUUGGGCGCUUACGUUUGGACAAGAAGUUGAACUGAUCUGGAGACAACGCUGGUCCUUGAUGACCUUUCUCUAUCUCAGUGUGCGCUAUAUUGGAAUAGGAUAUGCUAUGAUGUACAUCCUAGACAAUGUUCCAACUAUUUCGAUGACAGAUGCAGUGAGCCUUAUCAUAAACGACGCAAUUGAUUGGACAGGUGACGUUGUAGAUGUAAUACUGGGCGUCAUCAUGAUCACACGGUUAAAUGCCAUGUAUCAGCGAUCCAGAAAGGUGCUGAUAUUUCUCGUUGUCAUCUUUCUGGCCAUCAGAAUCGCCAACGCAGUGAUCGUCAUAAUAAUGACGAUACAUACUUCAGGGGAGGAAUACAUUCUCUUCGGCACCUAUCAGUGCAUCAUUGACGAGACGGGAGAUUCCUUAAUUUUAAGUUCAACGACUUGGAUACUUGGCACAGUAUGGGAGGUCCUUGCACUGUGCCUCGCGGUCUGGAUUGCCAUAAAGCACUUCCGUGAACUACGACAACACUCAGCAGGUAGUAUUAUGGGGGACUGUUUCACAGUGUUGAUGCAAACUCACAUUAGCUACUUUGCAAGUUUUGUGGUUCUCUCUUGCUUCCGGAUCGGUUUCUUCUCUCCAACGCUCUCAGCGGACAUAUAUUCCAUGGACACUCAGAUUUAUUUUGGUCUUGGUCAGAUUUUUGCGAUCGUGCAGAUGUUUGUGCUGGGACCACGCCUGAUCCUCAGUGUUCGAGAAUAUAACGCUGAGCUCGUGGCCAACUCUGAUACAGCAACAGCUAUGACUUCAAUUGCUUUUCAGGAGAACGUCCAUGUGUCAACCAGCAGUAGUGUGUAGCGCAAGAGAUGCUCGAUAUGGUUGAUUUGCCACGAUAGGCGGGUAGUACUAUGCACGGAGCAGGAGAAUUUGUUUUUAUUUAUUCCAGGUUUUGUCGUGGUACAUAUUUAUGUCAGUUGCGAAAUACAUAUAGGUCAUAGAAGAGUCGAUCUCA